AUGUCGACAGUCCAGCAAAGCGCGAGGCGAAUAGCCUCCAACAAUGCACUCUCACGCGACACGGUAUGCAUCUCCUGUCGACACCGACUAGCCGGUCACGCAUCACGACGAUACGCAUCUGCGGCAACAGCAGCUGUAGCAGAAGAGCCCCCAAAUACCCGGGCGAAACCACCAAACCCCCCGGUGACGGCGACAGGUCCCAAGAAAGCAUUUCAGCUCAAAUGCAGUCCCGUCCUCUCUCGGCCGCCCGUUAUAACACGCGAGUUGACUUCGUUCGAGAAAGCCUUUUUCCUUUACCAGAAACGACUUAAUGAGCGAUUAGCAUUACCGUUCACACGAUACUUCUACACCAAGAAAGAGACCCCUGCGGACGUCGAAUGGAAGCGGAAAAGGCCUGCAAGAAGAGGGACGGCCGCCAGAGACAUUGGCGCAUACAAUGCAUAUGACGAUGAGAAAUGGAACGACGAGGUGCUUGUUGGGAGCAACUUGGGUGAACCAGAAGACAUCACAGAGAAGCUUAUACGAGAUGCCGAGGGCAAGGACAUCAUAGAGGGCGAGCCUCAAGGCGAUGCGGAGACUGGAGGCCAAGCCAUCAGCGGAGACGCCAGAGCGGGAGAAGGUGCGCAAAAGCCAGUGGCCGAAGUGAACGUGGAAAGGCCAGUCCCGAGAAUCACGGAAGCCGACCAGCAGAACGAUGUCAAGAGCCUGAACCGGAAGCUGGAUCGGAGUUUAUACCUUCUCAUACAGAACAAGGAUGGCGAGUGGCGGUUCCCCGAAGACAGGGUAUACGGCAGGGAGAAUCUUCAUCAGGCAGCUGAGCGCAUCCUCAUCCAGGCUGGCGGAAUCAACAUGAACACUUGGGUCAUUGCAAAUCAUCCUAUUGGGCACUACAUCAAAGCCUUUACAUCACCAAUCCUCUCGAAAAUCCCGCCCAAUCGACUUGUGAGCACAUCGAAAGAGGAAAUUGAGCAUGAAGAAUACGGAGAGAAAGUCUUCUUCCUCAAGUCGCGCAUUAUGGCUGGGCAAGCUGAUUUGGCCAAGAACGAGUAUGGAGACAAGAACUUCUCAUGGCUGGCUAGGGAGGAAAUCGAGAAGGUAGUGUCAACCCACUACUGGAGCCAGAUUCGGAACAUGUUGGCCGAGCGGUGA